UGAAGGAUAAAAGUUGAUGGGUCAUCACAGAUGACCACAGUCAAGGCGGAGCCCGAUGCUGUCACCGGUGCAGAAAGUACAGUGCCGAGAGCAGAGGAGGAGAAGAAACUUCAGGGCGAUUUUCAACUCCAGCCCUGGGAUGGCAAGAAGUAUGUCAAUCCCAAAAAGAGGAAAGACAUGGAUGCAGAUGCUAUAGAUGCUACUCCGAUCAACUGGGCUAAACCAGAGCCGAAGCUGGAGAGGCGUGAUCCGGGGUUUGACCAACUGAGGCCGAAACCAUCUGGUCUGAAAAGCAGAGUUGUUGAAGAUAGGAGUCUAAGUUGUGUCGCAGUGGAAGACGAUUUCGCAGUAGAGCCGGACUGGUGUUUGGUGGGAAGGAGGGUGAUCAAUGGGAUUUCGACUACGAAAGGAAGGAAAUUAGUCGACAAUGAGAUCAUCCAUUUCAAUUUUCCUACCGCAAACUCUAAGAAUAAUGCACAAUGGAUAGUUCGGUUCUCUACAAAGAGACAUGGGGAGAUUGGUCGGCUUGAAAUGGCGUGGGCAAAAUGCGUUGUUCCCCUUGUCAAAUCUUCAAAGGUGAAGGUUUGUGGUCGCUGCAUAGCUGCCCCAGCAAACAUGUACAUAGGGCAAGAAAUAAUGUUGUAUGUAAGCUUUUACAUGCACAAUUCCAUCUUCACCAAUGAUUCUAAGUUGUCCUGGAGGCUAGAUGAUCCAUCCAACAUUGACUCCACCGAAUAUCCUCUGUUGACCCUAUUCAAGUUGUUGAAGAUCAAACCUUAUCGAGAGGCUGCAUACAACCCAGAAGAAAUCAAUACGGGGAAAUGUUUGGGAAAUACAAAUCUAACUGUGCCAGCAUUGCCAUUGGCCAUUACAAGAAAGAGUGGCCAGAAGUGUCUGGAAGAAAAUAAGGAUGAGCAAGCCAUCUCUGAGGCAGCCUUGAACAAGAUCAUUGGUUCUGCAGGUGUAUAUGGCUUGGAGGAGUUGGAGCCCCCAGAUACCCUCACGUGUACCCUAAAGCCAUACCAGAAGGAAGCUUUGUACUGGAUGUCACGGCAAGAGAACCAAACAUAUGUUGAUGCAGGGAAUGGCACAAAAACUCUUAAUCCUUGCUGGGCAGAAUACCGUAUAUGUGAUGAGGCGGCCUCUUCUGUAUAUGUAAAUGUAUGCUCUGGCGAAGCAACCACACAAUUUCCAGAUGCUCAGCAAAUGGCAAGAGGAGGGAUUUUAGCAGAUGCAAUGGGGCUUGGGAAGACCGUGAUGACAAUUGCUUUAAUACAUGCAAGACCAAGCAGGCAACAUCCUGAUGCUAAAAAAAUUCUCAUCGAGGAUGCUGAUGACGCUGGUCACACAAAGAGAAUGAAGAGAGAUUCAAGUGCGAGAAACACACAAAAAGUAAAAGGUGGCACUCUUAUUGUAUGUCCAAUGGCUCUGUUAAGCCAAUGGAAGGAUGAGCUUGAAACUCAUUCGAAGCCUGAAAGCAUAUCAAUUUUUGUUCACUAUGGUGGGGAUAGGACAAAUGAUCCCAGGGUGUUCUCAGGAUUUGAUGUAGUCUUGACUACAUAUGGUGUCUUAACAGCUGCUUAUAAGCAUGAUCAAGAAGACAGCAUUUUCCACAGAGUUGAAUGGUAUAGGGUAGUUUUGGAUGAAGCUCAUACAAUUAAAUCUUGGACGACCCAAGGUGCUCAGGCUGCCUUUGCUUUGCUCUCACAUUUUCGGUGGUGUCUCACUGGAACCCCCAUUCAGAAUAACUUACAAGAUCUCUAUAGUCUUAUCCAUUUCUUGCGCGUUGAGCCAUGGUGCAACUGGGCAUGGUGGAAGAAGCGUAUACAAAGUCCUUAUGAGAGUGGAGAUGGAAGAGGGAUAAAGCUGGUCAAAAUAAUAUUGAACUCUCUGAUGUUGAGACGAACUAAAGAAAGCAAAGAUAAAGAAGGAAGGCUGAUACUUACUCUCCCUCCAACUGACAUACAAAUUAUUGUAUGUGAACAAUCAGAAGCAGAACAGGAUUUUUAUGAUGCGCUCUUCAGGAGAUCUAAAGUACGGUUUGAUCAAUUUGUAGCACAGGGCAAGGUUCUUCACAAUUACGCAUCUAUCCUGGAACUUCUACUUCGAUUGAGGCAGUGCUGCAACCAUCCAUUCCUUGUCAUGAGCCGAAGUGAUUCCCAGCAGUAUGCAGAUUUAAACAAGCUUGCAAGAAAGUUCCUUGAUAUGAAUCCCCAUUCAGCCUCCUGUAAUCAGAUAGUCCCAUCUAGAGCUUAUGUUGAAGAGGUAGUUGAUGGCAUCCGACGGGGCGAAAAUACAGAGUGCCCAAUUUGCCUUGAGUCAGCAGAUGACCCUGUGCUCACACCUUGUGCUCAUAGGAUGUGCAGGGAAUGCCUUUUGUCAAGUUGGCUUACACAUAGCUGUGGCCUGUGCCCAAUCUGUCGCCAAAUGCUGAGGAAAACCGAUCUUAUUACCUGCCCAACAGAAAGCCAGUUCAGAGUUGAUGUAGAAGAGAACUGGAAGGAAUCUUCAAAGGUGUCGAAACUUUUAGAUUGCCUGGAAAAAACUCGGCAGUCAUGCUCUGGCGAGAAGAGCAUUGUAUUUAGCCAAUGGACUUCGUUUUUGGAUCUCUUGGAGAUACCGCUAAAGAGAAGAAAAUUUGGGUACCUGAGAUUUGACGGGAAACUGUCGCAGAAGCAAAGGGAGAGGAUCUUGAAGGAGUUCAAUGAGACAAAUGACAAAAUGAUACUUCUGAUGUCUCUUAGAUCUGGUGGGGUAGGUUUGAACUUAACUGCUGCCUCUCAUGUCUUUCUCAUGGAUCCAUGGUGGAAUCCUGCCGUAGAAGAGCAAGCAAUAAUGAGAAUUCACCGCAUUGGACAAAAACGAACUGUUUCGGUUAGAAGAUUCAUUGUCAAGGACACAGUAGAGGAGCGGAUGCAGCAAGUUCAGGCAAGGAAGCAGCAAAUGAUCGCCGGCGCCCUCACCGACGAGGAGGUCCGGUCUGCCAGACUGGAGGAGCUCAAGAUGCUCUUCAGAUAGAGAGAAAAAGAGAGCCCGACAAGAUCAAAGAAAAAUGCAAAGCCACGCUCCGCUUUUCAGCUAAUCUUCCCGUAGUUUAACAUGAGAGGACACUUAUGCAGACAGCUCAGGUCCAGAGAUAAGAUUUUGGUCUUUUGACUAUUUAAGAAGGAGGGCAUCUCCAACUUAUGGCCAGGAGAUGAAGCCCGGUUUUCGUAGAUUCUUGGGGGGUAUCCUAUUCCAUCUGGUCAAAAGCUGAAUCUAUGAAUGAACUCACGAAGGAAUGGGAAUACUUUUUUCCCUUGUUUCUCCGCCGUUA